UUUAAUAUAAGUAGUGAAAUGUGCUAAUUUAUUUUAAGUUGAUUCUCAAAAGUCUGUGAUUUUGAGUGAGGCCUGUUUGUAUUUGACUUUGAGUUAUUUUGUACAUUUAAAAGACAGCCAAACAGCUCAAGUAGGAAAAUACUUGAUAAAUACUGGAAAAUACCGCACUAGCAAAGCUACUGCUCAUUGAACAAGGCUUGAUGCCUUAGAGGAGUAGUAUCCAUAACCAUAAGCUCUUCUCUUCUGCACAAUGGUAACGAUUGCACUGCACAAUGGAAACUUCAACGUAACAGAAACUCUUUCAAAUGUCAAACAUAACUGAAGAAAAACACAUAAAAUAGCAUUUAAUUUCAAAAUUUACUCUCCAUAUCCAGCCAUUUGCAAAGUAUGCUGGGAACUAACAAUCACCUCUAAAAUAAAACUGCAAAAUUGAGCUAAUUCUCUUAAAAAAAAAUAAAAUAAGGAAAGAAGGCUAUCUAUUUAUUUUUAGUUUCAUCAGUUCCUCAAUUCAAGCCUCAAAACUGCUUAAGUUUCCUUCUCGCAUCUCUUGGUUUUAUUAGUAAAUGUCCUAAAUAUUUUCUAUACAACACUGAACCACAAUUUCUUUAAUGAAGCAUACACACUAUUUUUAAUUAUCAUAUUGUAAUAUGAAAAUUACAAGACCCAUGAUUCAUUUUUUACAGUGUAUUCACGUUUUGGUGCUGUACCCACAUAUAGAAAUUUUGGUCAGAAUAUUAAAAUGGUCACUAACAUAUAUAAGACAUUUUACAAAUCAACUGCAAAUUUGAUUUACUAUAGCCUAACUCUCUAAUAUAUUAAAUAAUCUACAAAUCAUGAAAUGCCAUCAUAUGUUGAUAUCUAUAAUGAUGAUAUCUAUACCUUUUUGACAGGUAGCGCUGGCAAUUAAAUGUUCAUUUGUUUGUUUAUAUAAAUAACAUUUUUGUGUCUAUCUCACCAUUAUUGUCCUUAAAUUGAUUUUUGACAUGGAUUGUUUAAAUGUUAGUUUAGUUCAGAAAAAAAUUGAAGAAAGAUUCUGUCACUUGCCAUCAGUGUGGGAUGCAUAUCAUAGGCAAGUCUUGAGCAGCACAUGAGAAUUCACACUGAAGAGAACCUGUUCACCUGCUCUGAAUGUGGAAAGGGUUUCACAAUGAAACACAACCUUAACCGUCACCUGAAAAUUCACACUGGAGAAAAGCCUUUUACCUGCCCUCAAUGUGGAAGGAGAUUCACACAACAGGGACAGCUAAAGUGUCACAUGAGAACUCACACGGGAGAGAAACCUUUUAACUGCUCUCAAUGUGGAAAGGGUUUCACAACGAAGACAAACCUUAAGCAGCACAUGAGCAUUCACACUGGAGAGAAGCCGUUCAUCUGCCCUCAGUGUGGAAAGAGAUUCAUAUUUAAACAAAGCCUUGAGAGACACAUCAGAAUUCACACUGGAGAGAAACCUUUUUCCUGCUCUGAAUGUGGGAUGAGCUUCAUAGAGAAACAAAAGCUUAAUAUUCACAUGAGAAAUCACACUGGAGAGCAACCUUUCAUCUGCCCUCAGUGUGGAAAGAGCUUCACAUUUAAACAAAGCCUUGAGAGACACAUGAGAAUUCACACUGGAGAGAAACCUUUUACCUGCUCCGAGUGUGGGAUGAGUUUCAUAGAGAAACAAAAGCUUAAUAUUCACGUGAGGAUUCACACUGGAGAGAAACCUUUCAGCUGCCCUCAAUGUGGAAAGAGUUUUAGAGUAAACAGGAGCCUUAAGAGACACAUGAGCAUUCACACUGGAGAGAAACCUUUCGGAUGUAACCAGUGUGCAAAGCGUUACACAGUGAAACAACACCUUGAGAAUCACAUGAGAAUUCACACUGGAGAGAAACCUUACACCUGCUCUGAGUGUGGAAACAGUUUCAUGGAACAACGACAACUUAUAAGCCACAUGAGAAUUCAUACUGGGGAGAAGCCUUUCACCUGCCCUCAAUGUGGAAAGAGUUUCACACAACAAGGACAGUUGAAAUGUCACAUGAGAAUUCACACUGGAGAGAAACCUUUUACAUGCACUCAGUGUGGAAAGUGUUUCACAGUGAAAAGUACCCUUGACAGUCACAUGAGAAUUCACACUGGAGAGAAGCCUUUCAGCUGCUUUCAGUGUGGAAAGAGUUUCAUUCAACAGGGACAACUUCAAAUUCACAUGAGCGUUCACACUGGAGACAAGCCUUUCAUCUGCCCGUAUUGUAUGAAGAGUUUCCCAUUGAAGCAUGGCCUUGAGAGACACAUGAGAAUUCACACUGGAGAAAAGCCUUUCAGCUGCUCUGAGUGUGGGAUACGCUUCAUAGAGAAACAAAAGCUUAAUAUUCAUAUGAGAAUUCACACUGGAGAGAAACCAUUCAGCUGUUCUGAGUGUGGAAAGAGUUUUACAGUGAACAGGAGCCUUAAGAGACACGUGAGAAUUCACACUGCAGAAAAACCAUUCACCUGCAACCAAUGUGGAAAGAGUUUCAUGGAACAAGGACACCUGGAAAGUCACAUGGGAAUUCACACUGGAGAAAAGCCUUUUGCCUGCUCUGAGUGUGGAAAGAGCUUUACAGUGAACAGAAACCUUAGGAGACACAUGAGCAUUCACACGGAAGAGAAGCCUUUCACUUGCCCUCAGUGUGGAAAGAGCUUCACAGAACACGGACAACUUAAAAGUCACAUAACCAUUCACACUGGAGAGAAAUCUUUUGCCUGCUUAGAGUGUGGAAAGAGUUUCACAGUGAAACAAGGCCUUAAGAGACACCUGAGAAUUCACAUCGGAGAGAAGAAUUUCACCUGCUCCGAGUGUGGAAAAAGAUUCAUGCAGCAAGGACACCUUCAAAACCACAUGCGAAUUCAUACUGGAGAGAAGCCUUUCAUCUGCUCUGUGUGUGGGAAGAGUUUCACAAUGAACAUUACUCUUGAGAGGCACAUGAAAAUUCACACUGGAGAGAAGCCUUUUACUUGCUCUUAUUGUAUGAUGAGUUUCACAGUGAAACAAGGCCUCGAGAGACACAUGAGAAUUCACACUGAAGAGAAGCCGUUCACCUGCUGUGAGUGUGGAAAGAGGUUCAUGCAACAAGGACACCUUCAAAUUCACAAAAGAUUUCACACCGGAGAGAAGCCAUUUAUCUGCUCUGAAUGUGGAAAGAGUUUCACAGUGAAACAAAGCCUUAAAAUUCACAUGAGAAUUCACACCAGAGAGAAACCUUCCAACAGAGUGGAGCAAUCUCCUCUGCCACCACCUGUGUGCAUCAGCCAUCCAGAUGAUGCAAAGGCGGUCAUAGCGUACCCACCAGCUAUUGGAGGAGAGUGAUUAGUCGAUCUGUUUAAAUGAUUUUGGCCAAGACUGAUAAGAGACCAAUGGAUGCCAGUAAAAACACAUUGUAAAUAGAUGCAAUGAGAGUAGACCUAAAUUAGGUGCUGUAACUACAGCCAUUACUGCAGUUGAGUAAUUUCAGAUUAUUUAUUUAUUUUUUUGUAUAUUUACUAAUUUAUAUCAUACACAUUUCAUAUAUAUCUUUUACAUUAUAUAUAGCUUUCACUUGUAUUAAUACCUUCAGUUUUUUCUGAUGCUGUAUAUAACCCUAUAUAUGUAUUUAAGAUUCAAUGAUCUGUGCAAGACAAAUUAAAUAAGUAUACCUUGGCGUUGUGGUACAGUAUUUGUCAGUUG